CGCACCGGGAUGGUCGGCGGCAGCAGCGGCGUGAAACCCAAGGCGACUUUUAACUGUUAUUCUUGUGUCAUGAAACACUUUGGAGGACAUUUAUUGGCAGAACUUUGACAAAUAACCCUAAAAAAAAGAGAUGUGGUCUGUCAAAGUCAUUAUUCUGCUUCUCUUCUGCUAUGCUUCUCUUUCCACCAGCAAUGGCAAAGUCUACUUUCAUUCCAAGAACUUUUACAAUGUGCUCCACUGGGACGCGGCGGAGUCUUCAUUCCCGGACCAAAAGGUCUUCUACAGCAUCCAGUACAAGAGUUAUGAUGAGGGGGAAACUUACCAGAACAAGAGUGAAUGUCAGAACAUCAUCGCACUUAACUGCAACCUGACCGCGGAAACACCUUCGCUCCCCAACGUUUACUACAUGGCACGGGUGUACGCCAACAGCCAGUUUCACGGAUGCACCACCAGGUUUAAACCUAUUGCGCACACGACUCUGGGUCAAGCCAAGUUGUCUACAGGCGUGACGCCAACAUCCUUGGAAGUCAGGGCCUUGCUUCCGCUGGGACCGGACGGCGUCUCCCUGGCGGACAUCAUUAGGAGAAGCAAAAAAGAGAAUGUCAAUACUUCCAUUCAAUACACCUUUCACCUCACCUCCCCCGAGGUGGCUGUGCAGCACCAUCUUAGCCUAUCUGCUCAUCUUGUCAUCAACUUGAAAUCCAACCAAAGCAAGUACUGCGGCUAUGUAGUCUACAAGCCUUUGUGCGAGUGGGGUCGCCCGGAGAGUGAGAAGGCCACCUUCUGCGUAACGCUACCAGGUGACCACUCCAAGAUUUUGCCAUGGCCUCUCACGGGCGCCGCCCUACUCGCUGUCAUUGUCAUGGUGUCGGUUGGAGUCGUGUACGUCUACGUGAAGGGUGGGACGGACGGGAGGCCACCACGGUCAUUGGAAAUACAUACUGCCAGAGAACUGCCAAAUUUCCAGCAUCUGCCAGAGAGGAAUCUGGUUAUUUCCAGCGCGAUGAUCUCUGCUCAAAACGAGCAAAUCUCUGUGUACAAUUACGCACCUGUAAGGCCUAAGCCAAACGGGGCUCGUGUUGGACCUUCUGGAAACUAUUCCCCGCAGAACAUCCCUUGCCAACCCUGGCUGGGCGGUACUGGCUCAUCGAUGGGGAGGCCAAAUAGCCAGGCAUCCAACAGCCAGUUUUCUGUUGUCUACAGUUCUGUGGUGCCAACUGUUCCGAUUGAACACAACAAGCUCCAGAGGGUACUUGUAGAAGAUGAGGAAAAACCAUCACCUCUCCCGCAAAGCACACCCUGCAUGGACAUGAAUUCAGUUGGACAGCUGCAGUUGCACACGGUGCGAGACGCCAAUGGACAACUUAAGUUGCCAUCCCUCGCUUUCCAGGUAGAGAGCUGUACUGUGAGAAAACCCCUUCUAUUGGAACUCUGUGAAUCUGAAGAGGAGGCCUCAGUUUUAGAUCUGCUGAAGCGCUUGGAUAGCUCUGAAUCGUCUGACUCCGGGUGUGUCGAAGGGACGCUAAACACGCCGACCCUGACUGACUGCAACCCAACUCAGUUGGCUCCACUUGGAAUUUACCUGUGCAACAAUGUACCAGCCAGAGAAGCCAAUCCGGCAUCAGGGUACAAACAGAACUGGAUGCCUCUAGACACCAUGCCAAAAAACAAUCAGGACUACAUGAGGAGAAACUACCCUUGGACUUUUCCUGGAGAAACAGAGGACAGGGAGUUAAAUUAUUAUGCAGGAUCAGGACAAAUAUUUCUUGACGAUUGGGUGUUGCAAAUACAAGAGUAAUCCUUUACCGUUUUCACAAUGUCCUACACGCAUUAGAUGAUGCUGUUUCUGUUAAUGUAUCUUUCAGUGAAGUUUGACCCAGAAAAAUUACGACCCAAGAACCUUCAGCAACUCCAGGAUAAAUGUGCCUUGUGAUUGACUGGCGACCAGUCGAUCGUUUGUUUAUACGUGCCCUGUCAUUGACUUGCAACAAGUCUGUUUGUCUUUAUGUGCCCUGCAAAUGACUGUUAAAUCCAUCCGUUGUUUGUCUAUGUGCCUUCAACUUGACUGGUGACCAGUCCAGGAUGUACCCCACCUUUUGCCCAAAGUCAGUUGGUGUGCUCCACUUCUCCUGAGACACUCAUGAGGAGAAGCACUAUACAAAGUAGAUUGAUGGUUUACUGGCUCUUCUGAUACAGAUUCACAAGACUUUACUCUUAUUUUAAAUAGGUAAAACUAAUUGAACUGUUUUUCCCCUCUACAAAUCAAGACAAAGAAGUGGCAGAAACGCAACGUUUCACAGGACUUGACAAGGCUGGGCUGGAUUUGCAGACAAGUUGCACUUAUUGGUGAAAAAUUGGGGGGUUCCAUGUUAACAUUGUGAAAUCCUGGAGGUGCUUAUGACAGAGUUCCCUACCUACGGCGGCGACUUAAAUUUGUAUGGAAGUCUGAACAUGCCGUAGUCUAUAACCAACCUAUGGUAACUAAAUACGAAAGUCAGAAUUAUUGUAAAUAUUUGUAUGAAAAACACUUAUCGGUCAAAAAUAUAAAAGAAAUUAAAAAAAACUUAGUAUGAUGGUAACUGAGCGUACCUUCUUGUGUAAUGUGACCACAUUUUCUUUCACCGUGCGCUGUUCGUAGACUCAAAAUCAGGACUCCCUGUAUGCUACUUUUAUGUGAAUGGAGGGCAGAUGAGUGACGAGUGGAGU